CUCCUCAUAACCUCCUCAUACCCUCAGUCUUUGCCCAGAUCAGUUUCCCCCUUAGAGCACGACUAUAGAGACAACUACGAUGGCACCCGCACUCACUAUCGACCCCAACGAUUCGUCGGCGUUUUCCGACAAGCGCACGCUGCUGCUUGCCCCUCCCUCGCUCGCAGCGCAACCCGACAACCUUACCGCUGUCGUUUCUCAGUAUGAUCGCGCCGUCACAGACCUCCAUAUGAUCGAUCGAAUUGCCGCUGGCCUCGUCACACUCCCCGAAUCCACCUACGACACCAUACUUAUUCUCGCCGACGCAUCUGCUUCCGUCAAUGAGUCAGUCGAGCUGCUCACGAGACGUGUUGUCGGCUCGGUCGUCGAGUCGCUCAAGCCCAAGGGCCAGCUCCAGGCUCAAGACUCCAAGGAUCUCCAGGCUACACCACUGGCUAAGGAGGCUAUCCUGGCAGGCUUGGUGGGUUCAGGAAGCGGCUUCGAGAAGCCAGACUACGGAGCAAGUGAAGGCACUGUCAUGCUCAAGUUGGGAGGCAAGAAGAAGACUACCGCGCCACCUGUGGUAGCGAAGCCUGCUGCUCCCGCUGGAGUUGGUUUCAUUGACUUCAGCGAUGACCUCGAUGAUGACGACCUGAUUGACGAGGACGAUCUCAUGACCGAGGAAGACCUCAAGCGCCCCAUCAACAUCCCCCCCGAGUGUCAGCCAAAGCCCGGAAAGCGCCGCCGUGCCUGCAAGGACUGCACCUGUGGUCUCGCCGAGCGUCUUGCCGAAGAAGACGCCACGAAGCGUGCCGAAGCCGACAAGAAACUCAACGCCUUCAAGCUUGCCGCCGAUGACCUCACCGAGGUUGAUUUCACCGUGCAAGGCAAGGUUGGAUCCUGCGGUAACUGUGCUCUUGGAGAUGCCUUCCGCUGCGACGGCUGCCCAUACAUUGGCCUGCCUCCCUUCAAGCCUGGCGAAGAGGUUAGGCUGUUGAACAAUGAAAUUCAGCUGUAAAUGGCACCUCAAACAACACUGAUUAUUACAUGACAUGGCUAGGAGUCUACCGGCUUGAUCAAGCGGGAUUAUGGUACAAGGUUGCGUAUCUCGAUAAGGAACGUAUUGCAUGGCGGCGUUAGCGGCGAAUGGGUAUCUUUUUUUUGGCUUCUCGCAAACGCGAGUCUAUAGAAUUUCACACAGCAUUUCAAAGAGUCUAAUGAAAAGACAUUUUAUGUUUGAGCGUAUUUAUCUUUAAAAAAUUGUUGUGGCUUGGAUAUUUAUACAGAAUUCUCAAAACUUCAAAUCUAUAGUGUGUCUUGUUGUUACUCGGGCUUCUCGCUGACGGGCUUUUUGCCCUCUUUGUCUUUGACAGACGCUUCAUCGUCCUCGUCACUAUCGUCUCCAAUUCCAUAGUGGUCGUUGUUUGCAGCGUCGAUUGAUCGCAGAGGCAUGCCGUCGACUGAAGCGUCGGCAAAGUCAGAUGCCUCCAAGUCAGCAUUACCGCCAGGCCGUCUGAAGCCUGACUUGGAUGCCUCUUCACCGCGAAGAGCACUGUAGAGCGUACCCUUGCGGCGCUGUCGCCAAACAAAGUAGCCAAACAGGGCCGCAGCAAUAGAAACAAAGACGAGAGCGACUUCACCAGAUCGUUGGUAAGCUGCCCAUUUGGCCUGCUGCAGCUUUUCCUUAAUCUCCUUCUCGUUGGUCUUGGUAUUGUUGGUGGCGUCACUGACACUAGUGUCCAACCCCUUCUCUCCGUCGAUGCGGCUGUCGCUGGGCUCGCCACCGAUGCUGCUGAUAUCAACACCCAUGAAUCUGUCUAGCAUGUCUCGCGAACGGCGCGGAUGAUCAAAGGGAACCAUAUGAGACGCGUUGUAGAAUAGAACAUAGGUCAAGUUGCGAGCCUCUUGCCAAAAGCCAGCAGCCUCCGACUCAAAAGUCCACUCUCGGCGGGGAGCCAUGUUUCCAGGCGAGAUUUCAAAGCCCUUGGCACCGUUCCACUCGAGUUCAUUGAUGAGAUCUUCCGUACCAAAGUGGUUGCAGAUAAGAUCAUCCGCACCAGAAAAGAGCAGAAGGCGUACUUGUUUCAUGAUGUCAGGAAGCAGUCUCACAGAUGGUUUGGCAUGAGUUUUGCGGAAGGCCCUUCCAACCGCGUCCUUGCAUUCUUGCCAUCCUGUGUUCUUGGUUGGGUCAAUAUGCAAGGCUUGGAUCACCUUUGGAUUGCGUAGAUAAGGGUUCAGGUAGGCUAAGUCUGGGGGCCAGGUCAUUCCACAUUCUGGCCAGGAGUCGCGAAGGCGAACAUCAUAGAUGUUAAUGCAGCCAUCAGUUUUGCCAUCAGUUUUGCUCUGGCUCAUAAUCUUCUGAAGAAUACCUUCACAGCCAGGCAAAUCAAUAGCAUCAGCCUUUCCUAGAUAGUGUUCGCAGUUUUGUGUCAUGGCCUCGAGCUCCUCGGCCUCGGGAGAGCCUUUACCGACAAGGCCCUUGUGAAGGGCGAAUUUUCCGUAUGUUCUGUAUUGGAUGGGGGAAAUCCACCCGUUUCCGAUCAGUAGACCGGAUAGUUGCCACGCAUUUUUGGGAUUUUUCAAGUUUCUGUCGAGGAUUGCCUUCGCAAUGUAUGGGAUAUGCUGACCAGCAUAGGACUCGCCAGCAAUGUAUAACUAUACAUGAGGUUAGAAGAAGAAGACCAACGGCCAUCAAUAUGAAAACUUUACUUACAUCAUCUCGUUCAUACUCUGGGAACAGAGCAAAGUACUUCUCGAGAAAGGUGACGAACUGACUUGCCAUGACAUCAAGCUCCUCUACGUAGCUAUCGGUGUCGACGUAACUGAAACCAGUGCCAACCGGGUUAUCAACAAAUAGGAGGUUCGCAAACUCGUUCCAAGAUCCGUUGUUAUGAACCAGGUGGUCAUUAUCCUUUAGCCUGUAAGGGCCAAUUUCCAUCAAGGCACCAUCCUCAGAGCUGCAUCCUGGUCCACCAUUGAGCCAGAUGACAGUUCGUUGUUUAUUGGCAAUGUGUUGAUUCUGGAAGUGCCAGAAGAACAUAUUCCCGUUAUGUUCGGGAGUGACCUCGAUAUGACUGUACAGAUAAAUUGUUAGUCGGUCUCAUCGCCAAGAGCCUGUCAUCGUUGUCUAGCGACAUACCCAGCAUGCAUUUUCACGACCGGUCCAUCCGCGGGUAGACCGGGGAGAUCUCGAACAUAGUAAUCCGCAGCUGUUUUAGCCAUGGCUCUCAACGGAGAUACUGUCGCAGCAAAGGCGUAGAGCCAUGCUACGGGUUGUGUCAGCCUCAUGGCUGGUUUGUCGCACGCGCGUGCUCGGCGAUAGGGCGUUUCGUAGCCAGUCCGCCGGCGGCCGAGGGAAAUGGGUGUCGUUAACGUUGAUAUUUGUAUUUCUCGUCUCGCUGUAUUCGAUUUCGAUGGGAGCGUUGAUGGAAAGCGUAUGUCGAAUGCCGGGUGAAUGUGGCAAGUCGUCGCAAGCAAUCUGGCGAUGUGGCAGGUCAGUCGCAGCGGGCGCCACUAAGCUUAGCGUCCAUCUGGGGGGCGGGUGUCCAUGCGCCGCGGGCUUACGUAUUGGACCCUGAGUUGCACUGCACUGUUUGUCGACUCUACAAUAGAAGACUGUGUUAAAAAUUACAACGAAAAUAUUAAAAUUGCUCUUGCAGUUAAGUAUACGUAUUUGUAGUCGAUUUUAUCCAUAAUAUAUCUCCUGCGUUGAUUUGACUGACCGCCGUUCUAC